UCCUCCCGAACGAUCACACGAAACCUCAUGAUUGGCUGAACUCUGGGACGAUUAACAACGGUAGUUCACUUUCACUUCUGCAUACCGUCACGCCGAGACCGUUUUGCUGGGACUGCAACUAUUUGUAUUUCAAUUAGAUGACUAUGUGCAUUUUGACAUAGGUGUUAUAAUAUUUACUUUGUGAGGAGACGGUUUUUGGAGCUUUAAAGAUGAAGUCUUCAGCGAUCAUCACCGUCGCCAUUAUCGGACUCAUCUCUGUUUGCUCAGUCGAAGGGACAAGAUGUCGCCGACCGAAGAAUCUACGGAAUGGUCGUUACGAAUAUCAAGAUGGUGAUGACUACGGAUCAACGCAUCUUCCUGAGAAUUACGUCAUUCGUGUGGUUUGUGAGCCUGGCUCUUCGCUCGUAGGAGAUGAGUUUGUUAUCUGCCAAAACAAUGGAAAGUGGAGUGAUUAUCCAUAUUGCCAUGCUCCACUGGCAUGCCUUAAUCCUCCUGCGAGUCCUACCAACGGGUAUGUGCGCAUGCGUGGAAAAUCUGCUCGAAGUAUUGCCGUGUAUCGUUGCAACCCAGGGUACGAGCUUCAUGGAAGACGGACUGUGGUCUGCGACGGAUCUACGGGUAGAUGGCAGGGUGACGUCCCGCAUUGCUUCGGAACCCCAUCUUGCCGUGACCCCGCUGUACCCUCCGGAGUCUUAGACUUGGUUCUUGAUGACGCCUCUGGAACCAAAGCCGGUGAUCUCUACACAGAACUAACGGAGUUCAACUACGCCUGUCGAAUAGGGUACUAUCUUCCUCGUGACGUCACAAUCACGUGUCAAAAUGGUACCUGGGUUGGGGAUGACGACCCACCAGAAUGCGAGAGAAUCACCUGCACCCCACCCACCCUGGAGCCAUUGGUGAAUGGUGUACACGACAUUAAAAAUAAGACCUACUUUGUUGGAGAUAUUGUACAAUAUCUGUGUAACGAAGGGUACCUUGUUGACGGAAUUAGCUGGCAGGUGUGUCAGAGUAACGAAGGCCCCGAUGGAAUAUGGUCCGAUACCGUGCCAACAUGCAAAGAGGCAAGGUGUCCUGAUCCAGGCCGCACUCACCUUGACAGAGGAACUAUUUCUUUCUCACCGAAUGAUGGACAAGGGGCCACUAAUUCUUGGCCAGUAGGGACAGUAAUGAGUCUCAGUUGCCCUUCACAUCUAGAGCUUCUGGGUUCAAGUGAGAGGGUUUGUCAAUCUGAUGGUCACUGGAACGGUACUUUGACAUCAUGCAACAGUGAAGAGUACCACUGCCCCGCCUUGGGAAACCCCAUACACGGUUCGAAAGAAUUCUCUCCGGAGUACAGGGAGAAUACCAAUGUCGUAUUCCAAUGUGACCCUGGUUACCAGAUGGUGGGAUCUAAGGAGAGGAUGUGUACCUAUAGUGAAGGCUGGACUGGAGAGAUGCCAAGAUGCAUGGGUCGAAAUGAGUUCGAUGAAUUUUCUCGAGUAAAGGAUGGACUAGGGAAGACGUUCGACGAAAUCAUGAUCGACAGCGGCUCUGUGUUGGACAACACGACCUCCAACUCAGGUGCGCGAAGAAAACGCACAAUUGAUCUGUCGUCUGGACAAGACAUUUACUUUGCGUUUGAUGCAUCGAACAGCGUUGGGUCGGCAAAUUUCAGGAAAGGAAUAAAGUUUGCCACUAAUCUAGUUGGAAAGCUUAACGUUACAGGUACAUCCAGUGGAACCCGAGUCGGGGUGGUGACCUACUCAUCGGUAGCAACUGAAGUGUUCGAUGUCACGGAGUUCACAUCAUCAGAUGAUGUAAUAACUGCUAUUAAUAACCGUGUUGAAUAUACAGGAAAAGGAACGAAUUUACCUGAGGCUCUACUAAAAAUCAAGGAUAUGAUCGUAGCUACACAUGACGUAACCACAGAAGCUGACAGAAAACGAAUCCUAUUUGUGAUAACAGACGGUUUCAGUAAUAUUGGGGGUGAACCGUCGCACCGGGCGGACGAAUUAAAGGAAAGUUUGAACGUGAAGAUUCACUGCAUUGGAAUAAGCCCUCAUACGGACAAGGAAGCACUUGCGAAAAUCGCUUCUGUUAAUAAGAGUGAUCACGUCUUCUAUAUCGAAAAUUACAUUGUACUGGACCAGCUUGUAGAUGCCGUAACUGAUUCGCAAACAGCCUAUGAGGAGUGUGGACUGAGUAAUCCAAGUGCAGCGUCUCGCAUCACACAAGGUGACGAGUCCAGUCUGGGUGAAUGGCCAUGGCAAGCAGCCCUCUACGAUAACACUAACGAUGAUAUUUUAUGUGGGGGCUCUCUGAUUGACAAGAACUGGGUUAUGACAGCAGCUCACUGUUACAACGAAGACAUGAACAAGUAUCUGACAGAAGAAACAACAACUGUUUAUCUUGGCAUGGUUAAACGAUCAGACGAAAAUCUGAAUGAAGCACAGUCUUUCGAUGUGGUUGAAGUGAUAAAGCACCCGAAAUACUACAAGGCCAAUGACGGCGCAGAUCAUAACGACAUUGCUCUCCUACGUCUUGAUCGUCCAGCAGAGCUCAAUGAACAUGUUCGGACCGUAUGUCUCCCACCACCUUUAUCGAAAAAAACUGCUAACUGGUUCGUGAGUCCCAACAGGACCGCAACAGUCACGGGAUGGGGUACUACUACAUCUGGUGGGGAAUCCUCGUUCGAUCUUCUGAAAAUCAACAUACCACCCGUCAGCAACGAUAUGUGUGUAGAAACAUACAAAAUGGAUUCUAUACGGAUUGCAGUCAUCACAACAUUUGAAUUUUGCGCGGGAUUCAUAUCUCAAGAUGGAGAUGAGGUGGCAGAUGCAUGCCAUGGCGAUUCAGGUGGCCCAUUGGUCGUUCCAAGGUUUGCGAACAAACUUGGACGAGACAAAUAUAGGCAAGUCGGAAUCGUCAGCUAUGGUCCCAGUAAUUCAUGUGGAAACACAUAUGGAGUCUACACCAGAGUCCAGCGAUAUAUUGAAUGGAUUAAUGGAAUCAUAAAUACCUAAAAGAGAAGGUGCAGGCUCCGGGUGCAUGCAGGCCUUAAAAUGUAUGGAGGUGAGCUUAAGAUGAAAACGAUUCCUAUGCACUCCCACACUAUAUUUUACAGACACCACAACACCCAUCUUCUCGGUGUGGGUCUUUCAAAUCAAUUCAACUCUUUAUUUCAUUUCCAUUCAAACAUACUGCAAAGUGAUAUAUCUUUCACAAACCAAACCCCACCCAAAAUUAGUUAACCAAGAUAAUAAAGCCUAAAUUUAGUUUCUGAAUUUAUUGAUUGGUAAAGUGUUGACAUUUUUCAUGAAAUUAAUAUUAGAAUAUCAUUACAAUAUAAAUUGUAAAGAGACGAAAAUGUGUGCUCAUACGGGUUACACAAAUUCACGCUCAACCUAAGCUCAUCAGAGAGAUUUCUAUAUAAACAUGCUCACAAGAAAAAUAAAUUCUAUUCUGGGCAAUAUCCCUGAAUCCUGUACCGCGGUAGAAUGUGUGUAGUACUUUUUUUUACUGUUAUUUAACUCUUGUAAUUUUUUUCGAACCUGAAUCAUGUAUCAAUUCAUUCCAUAUGCUGACUCUUAAAUUAUAAUUGGAUUUAUCUUGAAUCAUUUUGCAUUGUAUUUUCCUACAUCUAAGCCUAUAAUACACGCAACUAUCUUCAUGUACAGUUUGUAUAUAUCCACGCGUUGUCAUUAGAUAACUUGUCAAAAC